AUGACAAUGAUUAUGGAUAUUAAUGGUAGUGAUCCACUUCAAACAAACAGUACGGUGGCGAAUUUUUCUUCAUCGGAAGUGUUAUUUCACGGUUGUGAGGCAGGGACAUCGAAUGAGGAAACCAGUGAAGAUAUCUACAUCGGAAACACUCGAUGUGUUGGAGAGAUUUCACAAGCAUCAUGUAGCUCGAUAUGUUCUGAAGAAUUUGAAGCAGAACAAAAAAAUGGCGGAUUAUGUUGGAGCUGUAACAUUACUGAUCAGAAUACUUACCAGCAUUCUCGCUUAGCACCUGGACGUACCUCUUGUGUGUUCUUGGAAAUGGCUUUGAAACGAUUAUAUGCCCGAGACGAUUUCAAUGUACUGGAAAGCUUAGGCGAAGGUUUCUUCGGUGACGUAUAUAAGGUGCAGCAUCGAUUUACCGGAGAGAUUAUGGUACUGAAGGUCGGUAAGGAACGAGAACGGGAAAAUCGAAUACGGAUUAAAGCAAAUGUAUUGAAAGAAGUUGACGUAUUAAAUCAGUUGACGUCACAUCCCAAUCUGUUGGCAUUUCGCGGUGUUUGUGUUGAUUUGGCAGAGAAAUCGUGGAAUUUGCAUAUACUCAUGGAUUUCUGUGAUGCGGGCAGCUUAAGUCGCUUGAUAUGUGACCAUCAAAAACAUUUUCGAUGGAACUUGCGGUGCAGUUUAGCGCGUGAUAUUUCAUACGCUAUGGAUUUUGUACAUACGAAAGGCAUUAUGCAUCGCGAUCUCACUAGCAUGAAUGUUUUGCUACAAAAAGUUACGAAUGGGAGUUUAAAAGCAGUGGUGGCUGAUUUUGGUUUGUCGUGCCGAAUUCCGGGAAUUGUGGAGAAGUUAACUCAAGUGGGUACUCCAUUCUGGAUGGCUCCAGAAUGCCUUAAGGAAGAGUUUUAUGAUGAGAAGGCAGAUGUUUUCUCCUUUGGAAUAAUAUUGUGUCAGAUGAUAGCAAGAAUUGACGCCGAUCCAGAAGCAGGACUUUACCGGACUCAUAAUUUUGGCUUGGAUUAUGUUCGCUUUACUGCCCACUGUCCAACUGACACUCCUUUAGAUAUUCUGAACUUAGCAUUCCAGUGCUGUUUGAUGGAUCCAACUGCUCGACCCAGUUUUGCAUCUGUCUAUGAUUUCUUCACCAAUUUCCGAUUUUCUCAACAGAACGACUGUGACGAAUCUCCAUCGCGACUGACUGAAAGUGAUGGACGAUUGGAGCGCUCUUUAUCAGAUGCAACUUUAAAAUAUUGGAAAUCGAAACAGUCGGAGCUGUUCUCAUGUGUUUUAACUCGAAAGGAGCAAAAUAAUGGAAGUCAAAGUGAGUGCAAAUCAGUGAAUAUAGCUCCUCUUCUGGAACUUCAAGAAGUUGUGCCAUAUGAAGACUUAAAUCGCACAAAUAAGGAGAUAAGAAACAAGUGGCGAAUGGAAGAGCUUGCGAGAAGCGUUGCCGUGGAUGAGCUUUCUGAUGAGAUAUCUUUAGACACUGGGAACCCGUUCAUUGCCCAUGAAAUUUAUAAAACGACCCGUAAGCUAGCUUUUCUUGAAACGAAUGAUCGAAAAAGACCUGUUGUCUCGGAUGUGAAAGAAACGGAUGACAGCAGUGUAAAUGCAACUAAUUAUGACAGCACUUUUAUGGACUAUAGAAUUAUUCGCCGUAGUGCGUCACUUCCGAAUUCACCAACGAAUACGUCAUGGAUAAGGCAUUGUGCAACAUUUGAUCCAUUAUUACCAUCAUCAUCGUCUACGGGCUUAACAACGAUUGUAGUCGGGCAACGCGAUAAAACUGAUCAUAUCGGUGAACACUGUGUGCUGAAGGGUCAAAUGUCGAUGGCCUUCAAAAAUAAAGACCAGAAAUUCACUUCACGUCGAUGUGGGUCAAUUUUUUCGGACGAAACAUUGCUUAGUUCCAGUUCUAUGGAGAAUCGGCGAGUGAAAGAUUUCUCCUUAUCGGUAGACGAAGAGAUUUUAAAUCGUGAUAUGGACGAACUUACUUUUGAGUGCUGGAAAAGUAACAGCAAUUUUGCCAACGUCAUGCAACAAGGCAAUGAUGUAAUCAUACAGCAGCCUUUUCCAGUAGAGAUAUCUACUAGGAAAUAUUCUGAAGGAACAUUUAUAAACAGGACAUCGUUACUUCAGACCAGAACUUCUAGUGAUGAAUUUACUAGUGGGAUACAACGUAUGUGGAAAGUGGACUACAACAACCAUGUCCAGGUGAUACGGGACACAGUUGUGCAUAAGGCACCAGUACACAGCGCCACUAUUUUAGAUCCUUUUUGUGUAACAAACUUAAAAUGCGGCUCAUGUCGUAAACCGCGGAUAGCGCAUGCAGAUGAUAGACCUGUUUCUGCAGGUGGCGAAUAUUGCGUUGUUUUGUGA